CCAGCUAUGUGUGAGCUGCAUUUUGGUGUUCCAAUGGCUGGGGCAAUACUUUGUACACUUAAUAUACGUCUUGAUUCAGCCAUGGUGGCUUUUCUGCUGAGACAUUCAGAGGCCAAAAUCAUUUUUGUUGAUUACCAGUUUCUCCAUAUUGCUCAGGGAGCUUUUCAAAUACUGUCCAAGGCCGGCACAAAGCUGCCUCAGCUGAUCUUGAUCCAAGAACCUGAACAGCAAGCUCCCAUCAGCAGCGAAACCAAUUUUACACCAACAAAAGACUUGGAAUAUGACAAUUUUUUAGCCAUGGGAAAAGCAGAUUUUGAGAUCAGAAGGCCCAAAGAUGAAUGGGAACCUAUCUCGCUUAAUUACACAUCUGGCACGACAUCGAGUCCCAAAGGCGUCGUUUAUAGCCAUAGAGGUGCCUAUCUUAAUUCUCUGGCAACAGUUCUUAGUAGUGAAAUGGGAUCAAUGCCUGUAUAUCUAUGGACUGUCCCCAUGUUUCAUUGCAAUGGAUGGUGCCUCGCAUGGGGUAUGGCUGCACAAGGUGGCACAAAUAUCUGCUUAAGAAAAGUCACCGCAAAGGGAAUAUUUAGCAAUAUUGCUCUGCACACGGUGACCCACAUGGGUGGCGCACCAACAGUUUUAAACAUGGAUGUUAAAUGCUCCUGCUAGUGACCAAAAGCCGCUUCCAGGGAAGGUAUUGGUAAUAACAGGUGGCUCAGAAGCACCUCCAAAUGUUCUCUUCAAGAUGGAGGAACUAGGAUUUAGUGUGACUCAAUUGUAUGGGUUGACAGAAACCUAUGGCCCUGGAGUGUUUUGCACCUGGAAACCUGAAUGGAAUGUCCUGCCUCAAGAUGCACAGGCUA